UUAGUAGUAUAUAUUAUUGCACUUUGUCCUUACCUAAUUCUUGGCAAUUAUGAAAGGGAUCUUUUUCCAUAUAUAACUCCAAUCCCUUUUUGGCAUUAUCUUAGGUUGUAACAUAUAAAUAUCUUAGUUAGUCUCACACUUGAUCUAUCAUUGAAACAAAUACACACUCUUACUAUCACACUUAAGAGAAGAAGAAUGGAACCAGCUCAGUUGAUUUCUGAAGAAUGGGGUUCUCUUAGUGGACUAUACACAGCUGAGGAAGCUGAAUUCAUGACUCAGCUUCUUGCUGGUAACUAUUCUGUCUCAGAGAAGCAUUAUUCUAGUGUUGCCAUGCCACCAUCUUCUGCAUUUUGGCCUUGCCAUGAAUCCACAAAAGUGAGCUUCAAAGGCAUCAAUGGCAAUUCCUAUUUGCCUCCUUCACAUAUUGAAAAUGCUAACUAUCUAUGCUUCUCCCAAGGGAGUAGCUCCAGUACUGAGAAUGGUAAUAUCUAUUCCUAUGAUACCACAACAAAUUUCGACUCCAUGUCCACCGAUAAUUGUUUAGAAGGUGCCAAGUUUAGUCCACAGAGUAAUGAUAACUCGAGGGCGCAGAUAAGUGGAAUCAUUGAUGAAGAUGCUAAGAUAGAGUGUGAAAGAAUGGUUUUUGAACCUGCAGAGGACUUGGAGAACCCAACCAAAAGGCUUAGGAGUUCAUCUGAGGUCCCAAGAAACAUGAGGAAUGUUAAAUCAAGGAAGGAGAAUCCACUUCCUUCUUCUUACACAAGCAACAGUGAAGAGGAUAAAGGCCCUGCAGCUCCCAAAAAUAGAAGAAGUAGCAGUGGUGCUGCCACAGAUCCACAGAGCCUAUAUGCAAGAAAAAGAAGAGAAAGGAUAAAUGAAAGGUUGAGAAUACUACAAACACUUGUCCCCAAUGGAACUAAGGUGGAUAUCAGCACCAUGCUUGAGGAAGCUGUCCAUUAUGUGAAGUUCUUACAACUCCAAAUUAAGCUUCUAAGCUCUGAUGAUUUAUGGAUGUAUGCUCCAAUUGCUUACAAUGGAAUUAACAUUGGACUAGACCUCUCUAUUACUCCUCCAACUAAAGCAAGCUGAUACCAUACAAGACAAAAAAUAAUUCAGUUCAUUUGUGAUUUUGUAUAAAAGGCACUGAAUCCAGCAUCUAAGAGUUUUUUUUUUUUUGUGUGAGAACAUUUACAA